GGCACAGCCAUGCCCGUCUCCCUGCUGUGGGCCGUGGACGUGUACGGGCGGGUCUACAGCCUGUCCACGGCGGGGCAGCAGUGGGAGCAGUGCCGCGAUGCCCACAUGGAGUUCAAACGGGUGGCGGCAGCUCAGCAGUGCUGCUGGGGCAUCGCCUGRGACAGCAACAUUUACCUGAACGUCCACGCCUCAGACCUGCCCGUUCGCUACCAGGAGGAGGCCUACGAGAAUCAACGAUGGAAUCCAGUCGAUGGUUUCUCCGACCGUUUGCUGCCAAGCGACCGCUGGCAAUGGAGUGAUGUCACGGGUCUGCAGCACCUACUUCUGGACAGCGUCCGGCUCCCCUCCAGCAGCUGGGAGUGGGAAGGCGACUGGUUUGUGGAUGAAAACUUCGAGGGAGAACCCACAGAGAAAGGAGGGUGGACCUAUGCCAUGGAUUUUCCCGCCACCUACACCAAAGACAAGAAGUGGAACUCCUGUGUCCGUCGCAGGCGAUGGCUUCGCUACAGGAGGUACAACGCCAUGGAUACCUGGGCGAAGAUCCCCUCGAGGCCGAUGACUCUCCCAGAUCCCUUCAGCGACAUCAGCUGUGGAGGUUGGGAGAUCAGUGAGGAGCCCAGGGGUCGUCUGUCCUUAUGGGCCGUGUCCCUGCAGGGAAAGGUGUUGUUCAGAGAGGGGGUCUGUCACCACAAUCCCGAGGGCUCAUCGUGGGAGGAGGUAGCCCUCCCUGGAGAAGUGGUCCAGAUCAGCUGCGGCCCGGGGGACCUGGUCUGGGCCGUGCUGUGGGAGGGGCAGUUCAUUGUGAGGGAGGGCGUCAGUCGAGACUGCCCCCAAGGAACCUCCUGGGCCGUGGUGGAGUCUCCCAGCCCUGAGGUGGGGGCUACGCAUGUAGCUGUGGGGAUCAACGUUGCCUGGGCUGUGACCAAAGACAAAAAAGUGUGGUUCAGGCGGGGCGUGAACUCUCACAACCCCUGUGGUUCUGGUUGGAUCAGCAUGGUUGGGGAAAUGAUCACGGUCAACGUUGGACUAAAUGACCAGGUGUGGGCUAUUAGUUGUGAGGAUCGGGCCGUAUACUUCAGACAAGGUGUGACUACCAGUGAGCUGAGCGGUAAAACCUGGAAAGCCAUCAGCGUUCCUCGAGAUGGAGACCGUUCCCACUCCAGCGCCAGUGCCAACAGUGUGCAGAGUGCUGGUUGUUUUUUUUCUGGUGAGGUGCGGGAUCAGCCAGGAGUCAGUGAUGUAGAAUCAGAUGUAGAGAAAGGAUCAGCUGAUGGAGGCUUUGGGCUCAUGACUUCGCCAGAAUCCUUUGUAGAAACUAAACCCUCAUCUGACCCACCUGUUGAGACUCCCAAACCGCGCAUCCCCAAGGUCACAAGUGACAGCUURAUCUCUGAACUCGUCUCCGAUCGGGAGCCGGGGAAGACCCCGAAGGGCGUGGAAUCAACCAGUCCUGCUGUCUUGGAGGAGGAGGAGGAAGCCGUCCCUGGGGAAGGAGAUGUCAAAGUCCUCUCUGCUGGUGGAGCUUGUUCUCCGAGCCAGAAUGGUGGCGCUCCUGAUCUCCAGUGGAGUAACGUAGAUCUGGAGGAGGCGCAGGCUCAUCAGACCGCGGCUGACUCCUGCAGUCUGUCAUCUGUAGCCACCUACACCCUCGCAGCAGAAGACCCGUAUGGGGCGGAUGAGCAUCCUCUGUGGGCAUGGGUCAGCGGUGGAGGUUGUUCUGUGGAUAGUCACACUCAACUCAACUGGUUUAUCUGCCCUUUAAACACAUCAUCUCUGCUCCAGUCAGUCCAGUCCUUGAGUCUCUCUGUGACGCCGACCCAGACAGCAGCCUGGAGGAAACAAAUCUUUGAGCAACUCAGUGAAAGAUCCAAGAGAGAGUUGGAUAACUUCAGACACUACGAGCAAGCCAUCGAACAGUCGGUGUGGAAGAAGAAAGGAGCCAUGCAGUGGUGGAGAGACUGGAAGCCCCACAAGUGGACUGACGUUCAUUUCGCCUUGGAGCAGUUUUCAGGACCAGAGGGCUACAAAGACGGCAUUUUAUUCAUCUACUACAAUUAUUACGAGGAGAAGAAGUAUCUGCACGCCUUCAUCAAUGAAGUGACCAUCCUGGUCCCAGUGUUAAAUGACUCCAAACACACGUUUGCCAUCUACACUCCCGAGCGCACCAAGCAGAGGUGGCCAAUCAGACUGGCAGCUGCCACAGAGCUGGAAAUGUAUGACUGGCUAGCUUUGCUGAGUGUGUCAUGCUGCGACUCCAGGGGAAUCCACGGCCCUCCAAUCAAACAGGCCAUCUGGUCCAUCACCUGUAAAGGGGACAUCUUUGUCAGCGAGCCCACUCCCGAUCUGGAGGCCACUCCUUACCCCACCCCCUGCGAUCAGAUGUUCUGGCGACAGGUCGGAGGACACCUGCGGCUGGUGGAGUGCAACAGCUUAGGGAUAGUGUGGGGGAUUGGUUACGACCACAUUGCCUGGAUUUACACCGGAGGUUAUGGAGGGGGAUUUUUCCAGGGACUCAGCAGCAGCACGGAUAAUAUUUACACGCAGACUGAUGUCAAGAAUGUUUACAUCUAUGAGAACCAGAGGUGGAACCCUGUUACUGGUUACACCAGCAGAGGACUUCCAACAGAUCGCUACAUGUGGAGUGAUGCCUCUGGAUUACAUGAGUGCACAAAAAUAAGCACAAAACCUCCAUCACCUCAUUGGACUUGGGUGUCUGAUUGGGCCGUGGACUUCAGCGUCUCUGGGGGAACAGAUAGAGAAGGCUGGCAGUAUGCUGCUGACUUUCCAGCGUCGUAUCACAGCUAUAAAACAAUAAAGGAUUUUGUUAGACGUCGGCGAUGGGCCAGAAAGUGUAAAUUAACCACAACAGGACCAUGGCAAGAAAUUCCACCCAUCCCACUGAACGAUGUGACGAUCCUGCCGUGUUCAGCUCAGAGCAGCGUGGAGAUGGUUCCUGUGUGGGCAAUCAGCAACAAAGGAGACGUUCUCUGCCGACUGGGAGUCACCACACUGACACCAGCUGGAUCCUCGUGGCUCCAUGUGGGUACGGACCAGCCUUUCAAGUCCAUCUCCAUUGGAGCCGCAGGCCAGGURUGGGCUAUUGCCAGAGACGGUUCUGCUUUCUACAGGGGAUCCGUCUCUCCACAGAACCCGGCAGGAGACUGCUGGUACCACAUCCCCUCUCCUGCUAAGCAGAGGUUAAAGCAGGUUUCUGUCGGACGGACAUCUAUUUAUUCUGUAGACGAAAACGGUAACCUGUGGUACCGACAGGGUGUGGGCCCCAGCUACCCUCAGGGCUCUUCUUGGGAACACAUCUCUAAUAAUGUGCGCAAAGUCUCUGUGGGGCCCCUGGAUCAGGUUUGGAUCAUCGCAGAUAAAGUUCAGGGCAGUCACAGUCUGAGCUGUGGGACAGUGUGUCAUCGACUCGGGGUCCAUCCCAUGGAACCCAAAGGACAGUCAUGGGACUAUGGCAUCGGGGGUGGGUGGGAUCACAUCUCAGUGAGAGGAAACUCCAUGGAGCCACCCCGUGUCAGUCUUCUCUAACAGCCUGGACUACCACAGACGCUCGCAGCCCCCUGCCAGUCAGGAGCUCAUAYGUCGACAGCGCUGUGAACUGUUAUCGCGUAGCGAGCAGGGUUUACUUUAAACACUGGCUGACACAGUCGAACAGAACGUUGUGAUUAUUGAACAAACAGAACCACGAGUUUAAAUCAGGGUUUUCAUCUCUAAGCGGGCAUUACAGGAUAAUGUUUUUUUUUUUUCUGACACUAAACUGUCGUUUUGGUUAUUUUUCAUUUCUAGUGUAUUUCAGGUUAAUGUGAUUAAUGAAAAGCUGAGUUUGUAAAAGAUUUUAUGCAUUUUUGAAAAGGAACAGAUAUAUUUACUUAAAUUAUGGUUGUGAACAAGCUUCAGAACCUGUAUUACAAACACACAAAGGUUUGUAUUUUUAUUUUUUUAUAGGAACAUGUAUGGACUUCCAUUCAUAUCUGCAGCAUUACCCUAAAAKCAGCCACAACUCAUACCUUAGUCCUAAACCUAACCACUGACAGAAAAAUGACAUUCCACUGUAUUAGGACCAGGCUGUGGUCCCCAAAAAGGCUACUGGUCCUGACACGGUACGUGUGUAUACAAAAAAGGUCCUCCAAAGGUAACUAGAAUUAGGUACGCACACCCUUCAUGUUAUACUAAAAGCAACAAAUUUGGCUGCUCUUUGUUAUACUGGUUUGCCUUUCCAUGACUUUAUGACAAAUAGAGAAAAAUCCUGGCCACAACAUUUUUGUUUUCACAUUUGGCUGAAAUGAACUUAAGCUAGCUCAACCAGAAAAAGCGUAUUUACCUUCACAACUUGAACUUUGCAGCUUUGCAGCACAAUAUUAUAGAGGUUGGUGAGUUAWUUUAAUAUGUUGUGGCAGAAAAGUCUCCCUGAUAAAUAGUUCACUGAGAAGGCAGUCCAGACUAAAUGCAGCCACAGUUUAAAGCAACAUAUGUUUCCAUUUAUUAACUACACAAAACCAGAUAAUGGAAGUUCAGCUUUAGAAAAAAGCUUUUAUUUUUUUAAACGAAGAAGAUACCUGUUAUGGAACAUGUACAAUUAUCAGCGUUAUAAAUGAGGGGAAAAAUAAUUACUUGUAAGAUAAUUGUGGUUAAAAUGUUUAAAAGUUUGUUUUGCCUUUCAGCUGCUGAGAUCUUAUCAGACAUGAGAGGUUAUUCUGUGGUUUUGCACUUGUUUWUACCAGAGUGAAUGUUUUCCUCUCAACUACUGAUUAUUUGAARAAGUUCAGAUGUGAGUUUGUUUUAUUGAAUAUAUUACUGUCGCUCCCUGCUGAAACAUUUUUAAAUGUUGAACAUGUACAAAUAUGUAUUUUCUGUGAGAAAACUGACAUAUUACCUUUACUGUUUGAACAAAAUCUAUUUGUGCAUGGUUAAAAACAACAAAAACAGAUCAGUGUCAAUAAAUAAAUCUGUUUAUUGAUAAUA